AUGACUGCUCUCUUCCCUCCGGGAAUACUAGAUUUGAUCUUACAACAGUGCCCCUGUCGAGAGUCCCAGAUUCGGCAGCUGGCUUCGAUUUACAAUGGUGUUUUUCCUAGUCCUCCCGUCUUAGUUGCCUACGGUCUCGAAUAUACAGACAAAACAGAAGUGAUAGUCAAUGUGUUAGAAAAGAGUGGGAUACAGUAUGCGGUCAUUAAGAGCAGAGAAUGCCUCAAUCAGAGACACUUGCUGUCAAAGAUAUUUGCCGCAUGCGUCAGUGCCUUGGCACAAGAAUCUCAAAUCGAACAGUAUGAUAAAUUGGACAGUAUCAAUGCGCUUCUGGGCAAUCUUCGCAGGAUUUUUGAGCAAAAUUCUGGAGGGAAGUUUGUGAUUGUCUUGGAGGAGAUAGACAGACUGAAACAGGCUGGCCAGACGUUGAUCCCUGCUCUUGCGAGAUUGGGAGAUCAGAUCCCAGGACUGUCGGUCAUAUUGACCUCGAACUCUCCAAGACCACUUCCACUGCACAAAGCUGGUGUUCCUCAUACCCACUUUCCGCCUUAUACACGCUCCGAAGCAGUCUUCAUUGUCACAUCCCGUAGCACACACCUCCUUUCAAUUCAGUCGGCCAACCCGACUGUUCAGAUUGAAGAAAACCACAUCUCGAAACUGUAUGCCCAAUUUGCCGUCACGGUGUACGACUCGCUAAUCUCGUCUACCUCGUCGACAUCAAUAAAGACAUUUCUCUCAACUUGUGAAAAGCUCUGGCCACAAUUUAUCUCACCAAUAGUAUCAGGCCAAAACCCCACUGGCACAGGAAAAACCAAGUCGUGGGACUUCGCGAAGUUACUUGUCCACAAUCGUGGGCUGUUCCAAUCUGAAGGUGAAAAGGCGCUCCACGACAGGCUGUCUCUCUGUUCCCGUCGACCGGUAACGGAGGAAUUGACACAGCUAGAGUCUACGGCAGAAUCAUUGAGCGUGUUAAGCACGCCGUCGAAAAGAGCUACACGGCAGUGGGACUUUUCUGCAACGCCCAGAGAGGCCUCGUCAUUAACCACAAAAUGGACGUUGGCACCGACUCGACCACCCUUACUGAAACAUUUUUCAACACUCGUCCUACUAUCGUCUUAUCUCGCGAGUCACACUUUCCCCAAGCAUGACAUUCUUCUCUUCUCUCGUCUGAGCUCCACAUCAAGUUCGACAAGUAAAAAGAUUCGAAGACUGAGGCAGACCCCAACGAAAAAAAAGACAAUUCUUACACCAAAUGGUGCACCGUCGAAGACGAGCCAUGAAUCCUCGACCAUGACCAAUUCGCGUACAAGAUCUCUAUUUUCUGUCCACGGAGAUCCUGGUACGCCACGACCAUUUACGCUCGAACGUCUCCUCGCAAUUUUGCGCGCGAUACACCCGCGCGGCAUUCCCAAUCGCCCUGGUGGCGGUGUAAGCGAUCGUGUAUACCGCGAGCUUGGCGAAUUGGAGAAAUUGAGACUCGUUGUACGCACAUGGGCAUCAGGCUCUGGUGCAACAUCUAAUCUAUCUGGCAGCACCAUUACAACAGGUAGAGGGAGUGAUGAUUCGGGGGAAGAGAAGUGGCGAGUAAAUGUUGGGAGAGACUGGGUUGUGAGCAUGGGCCACGUAUGGGGAAUGGGAGUCAGCGAAUAUGAGAUAGAGCAGGACAUAUGA